GCGGUGUGAUGACGUCUGGCUCGGGCCUGGCAGCGAGUGCUCCGCGCGCGCCGCUGCGGCCUCGGACUUGGACCCAGCUCUUGGACUCGGGCUGUAGGUCGGAGAUGUUACAGGCUGUGAGAGCUGUGGAUGAGGAAGAGGAAUAUGCGGAGGAGGAUUGUCCUGAGUUGGUUCCCAUUGAGACGAAGCAAAGGGAGGAGGAGGAGGAACAGUAUGGCCCCGGCGCCAAGAUCCCAGUCACAAUUAUCACAGGGUAUUUAGGUGCUGGGAAGACAACACUUCUGAACUAUAUUUUGACAGAGCAACAUAGUAAAAGAAUAGCAGUUAUUUUAAAUGAAUUUGGGGAAGGAAGUGCAGUGGAGAAAUCCUUAGCCAUCAGCCAAGGUGGGGAGCUCUAUGAAGAAUGGCUGGAACUUGGAAAUGGUUGCCUCUGCUGCUCAGUGAAGGACAAUGGCAUUAGAGCUAUUGAGAAUUUAAUGCAGAGGAAGGGGAAAUUUGAUUACAUAUUGUUAGAGACCACUGGGUUAGCAGAUCCUGGUGCAGUUGCUUCUAUGUUUUGGGUUGAUGCUGAAUUGGGGAGUGAUAUUUAUCUUGAUGGUAUCAUAACUGUUGUGGAUUCAAAAUAUGGAUUUAAACAUUUAACUGAAGAAAAACCUGAUGGCCUUAUCAAUGAAGCUACUAGGCAAGUUGCUCUGGCAGAUAUUAUUCUCAUGAAUAAAACAGACUUAGUUCCAGAAGAAGAUUUAAACAAAUUAAGAACAACCAUUAGAUCAAUAAAUGGACUGGGGAAAAUUUUAGAAACACAAAGAUCAAGAGUUGAUCUCUCUAAUGUAUUAGAUCUUCAUGCCUUUGAUAGUCUCUCUGGAGUAAGUUUGCAGAAAAAACUUCAACAUGUGCCAACAACACAACCUCAUCUUGAUCAGAGUAUUACUACAGUUACAUUCGAGGUACCAGGAAAUGUAAAGGAAGAAAGGCUAAAUGAAUUUAUUCAGAGUCUCCUGUGGGAAAAGAAUGUGACAGACAAGGACCGGCACUGCAUGGAGGUCAUACGGCUGAAGGGGCUGGUGUCAAUCAAAGAAAAACCACAGCAAGUGAUUGUUCAAGGUGUCCAUGAGCUCUAUGAUCUGGAGGAGACUCCAGUGAGCUGGGCAGAUGACACUGAGAGAACAAAUCGAUUGGUCCUGAUUGGGAGGAAUUUAGAUAAGACUAUCCUUAAACAACUAUUUAUAACUACUGUAACAGAAACAGAAAAGCAGCAGAUAACACAUUUCAAAGAAGAUCAAGUUUGUAACACUGAAAGCAUUUCUUAUCAAAAAGUUUGAUAAAAUGAAAAGUUUCCUACUGCACAUAUUUCAAACAGCUAUUCUUUUCAUUAUUUCUGUGAUAAAUCCCAGUGUACCUUAAAAUGGUGUUUAUUCUGUAGAAGACCUAUAAUUUAGUAAAUUAACACUUUAAAACAUUUGCUGUUCAUAUAAUAGCCAGAUUUUUAUUUUUGAGAUGGGUUUCACAAAAUAUUUUUCGGAAUUGGUUUGGGAGCUUAUAUAUGCAGAGUUUCUCAUCCAUGGAAGUUAGUUAUAAUAAUGAUAAUAAGAGGGGCCGGAGUUGUGGCGUAGAAGGUAAAACUGUUGCCCUUGAUGCUGGCAUCCCAUGUGAGUGCUGGUUCAUGUCCUGACUGCUCCACUUCUGAUCCAGCUCCCUGCUAAUGACCUAGGAAAAGUAGCAGAAGAUGGCCCAAGUGCUUAGGCCCCUGCCACCCAUGUGGGAGACCCAGAUGAAGCUCCUGGCUCCUGGCUUUGGCCUGACCCAACCCUGGCUGUUGUGGCCAUAUGGGGAGUAAACCAGCAGAUGAAAAGUCGCUCUCUCUUUCUGACUUUCCCUUUUUUCUCUGUAAUUCUUUCAAACAAAUAAAUAAGUCUUUAAAAAAUAAUGAUAAAAUUUUCUUUAAUAUUGUCAUUUUUCCUUAAUAUUGUCAUUUUUUCUUAGCUGAUUGAAGAAACACAAUUAUUACGUUGUUAUUACAAAGUUUUUACAAAACAGUGUCACUAUUUUUAUUAAAUACAAGGUUUGUCACUAGAGACUUAAAAGUAGAAGAGAUCUUAAUUUUUUCUUAAAGAUUUAUUUAUUUACUUGAAAGGCAGAACAAUGGAAAGAAAGAGAAACAGAGACCAGGGAGAGACAGAAAGAGAGACAGAGACAGACACUGAUUCCAUCUGCUGGUUCACUCCCCAAAUGUCCUUCUGGGUCUCCCAAGUGGGUGACAGGGGCCCAGGCACUUGGGCCACCUGCUGCUGCUUACCCAAGCACAUUAGCAGGGAGCUGGAUCAGAAACGGAGCAGAUGGGACUCCAGCCAUGCUCUAGUGUGUGCUUCUGGCAUUGUAAUCUGCAGCUUAACCCAGUUUGCCACAACACUGGCCCCAGAAAUCUUACUUUUAAUCAAAGCUAAGCCUUACUGAUAGUUGGUAAUGAAACGUCAGCCAUUUAUUUUGUAAUAUAUUUGGAAGAUUUCAAUCGUAGAAUACAUUUUACUACUGAUAAUUCAUCUUGGUUUUUUUUUUUAACUUUAGUUUUUAGUAUAAGCUCAAAAGCAAUGAGGUACAAAAUAUCAACUAUAACUGCAGAUGACUCUCGAUAGUUAAUAAUCUUUAUUUAAAUGGUUAGUGUGUAAGUCUACAGUGGCUCAGGUUUCUCCUAGUUCUACUAAAAGCUGAGUCACCUUCACUAUAAUCAAAUUGUAAGAGAGGAGCAUAGAUGGAAUUUAGUGAAGAGUUUCACCAAAUUAAUUACCAAUUUCUUUUGAAAGUUUCCCUCAGAAUUUUAAAUAAAGGAGUUACAUCUGUAUGUUUUGAACAGUUCAGUGGUUAGGGGCAGAAGGCUGAUUGAUUAAGUUAUCACAAAUUGGUGUUGCUAUUGUGUUGUUUUGGUUAUGCCAAUGUGGUGAUCUUGAUCUCCCUUCCCUCUCCAUCUGUACUUUUUAUUAUAUUUAUUUAUUUAUUUAUUUUUGAGAGGCAGAGAGAAAGCUCCAUUCAGCUGUGCCACUCUCCAAAUCUCCAAAUGACUGCAACAGCUGGAGCUAGGAAGUGAGCACUCAGUUCAGUCUUCCAAAUGGACAGCAGCAGCCUACCCACCCGAGUCAUCACAGCUGCCUCCAAGGGUCUGCACUAACAGUAACUUGGAGUCAGGAGCUGGAGCUGGCAAUUAAAUUCAGGCACUCCAGUUUAAGAAGCAAGUGUCUUAACACUCAGCCAAAUGCCUUUCUCUAUCCUGUCCUUAAAUUCUGCAUGUUUACCCAGUUGUCUCCUGGACUAUUCUCUUAGUUCAUGUUUGAGAGAUAACUCUUUAUUUUUUUAUUUAUUUGACAGAUAGAGUUAGACAUGAGAGAGAGAAACAGAGAGAAAGAUCUUCAUUCCGUUGGUUCACUCCCCAAAUGGCCGCUAUGGCCGGUGCUGCGCUGAUCCGAAGCCAGGUGCUUUCUCCUGGUCAGUCUCCAAUGCAGGUGCAGGGCCCAAGCACUUGGGCCAUCCUCUACUGCCCUCCCGGGCCACAGCAGAGAGCUGAACUGGAAGAGGAAUAACCAGGACUAGAACCUGGUGCCCAUAUGGGAUGCUGGCGUCGCAGGCAGAGGAUUAACCAAGUGAGCCACGGUGCUGGCCUUGAGAGAUAACUCUUACUGUGUGAGAGUGUAUUGUCCUGUAGAAAGUCUAUUGAUCUUCAAGUCAAAUUUUUGCUUUAAUUCCCUCUUUGCUGGCUCUUGGCUGUAUAAUCUCAAGUGUUUGUUCUGAGAAUGGUUUCCUUAUUUAUAAAAUGGAUAGUGGGCCAGCAUUAUGGCACACCAGGUUAAGCUGCCACCUGCAGUGUCAGAAUUCCAUAUCCAAGUACUGGUGCUUUGGCCCUUGCCAUCCACAUGGGAGAUCCAGAUGGACUUCCAGGCUCCUGGCCUUGGCUGUGACCAGUCAAGGCCAUUGGGGGCCAUUGGAGAGUGAACCAGGUGAAGAUUCUCUCUGCCAGUCUGCCUUUCAAAAUGAAUAAAUAAAUCUUUAGGAAAAAAAUGCAUAGUGAUAAUAUCAACGAUUCAAGAAGUAAAUUGGUUUUUGUAAUGUACCCAACUCAGCUGCUGGCACAUAGCAGAGCCUUGAUAAGUAUUUUAUUCUUCCUAACAAUUUAACGUUGUUUUACAAUUAAUGUGGUCACAAUAAUAAUAUUCUUUGGCAAAUAAUAAAUGUCUAAAGCUAUCUGUUAUAGAUCAUGAGAGAAGUUAUAAUCAGUUGUCCUAUUGUGGAAGCAGUGUAUGAAAUAAUAUUAAUGUGUACUUUUGAGUAUUUGUAAAGAUGAUGAACAUGUUUUUUCUUCUAAGAUGUGAUUUUUUUUGUUACACACCUGUUGCAGGAAUAUGUGUAGGUUGUUAAAAUGCAAACAUUAGAGAUGAAGACAGUCUUCCCUGGUCCUUCCCCUUCAUCCCUGUCCCUUUGGAGGGAUAAGCGACGUUCUGUCCUUUCAGACAUGUCUAGUCACUCAUUCUAUCUUGCAACAUGAAUGGUUUUCCUGGAAUCAGAGACACAGUUUAAGCUGAUUCUUCAAGAAACCAAGAAACUUUUCACAGAUAUCUCCAAGAGGUUUAUUUUUGUAACCUGUGUUAAAUAAAACAUUCUUUAUUAUAAUACAGUUUAAUUAAAAGAAAAUAUUCGAUUAUUAGUCUUAGAUCUUUCCAUGUUCUUGCAUAUAAACGAUACUCUUUAAGUGUUACACAGAAAAUCAUAGUAUACUAUACAAUGCAUCCAUUUAAAAAAUUAUUAGUCAUGUGGUAUAUCAGGUUAAGCCACCACCUGUGAUACUGACAUCACGUAUGGGCAUGGAUUCCUGUCCCAGCUGCUCUACUUCUGAUCCGGCUUCCUGCUAACGCACCUGGGAAGGCAGCAGAAGAUGGCCUAUAUUCUUGGGCCUCUGCCAUCCAUGUGGGAGACCUGGAUGAAACUCAUGGCUUCUGGUUUCACCCUGGCCCAGCUCUGACCAUUGUAGACAUUUGGGGAGUCAACCUGCGGAUAGAGGAUCUCUCUGUCUCUUCUCUAUCCAUAACUCUACCUUUAAAAUAAAUAAAUCUCCUUUAAAAAAUUA